AUGCUGCACCUACCCCCAACCCUGCCAGUGCCCCCCACCCCGCAGCAAUUGCACAAGGCAGCAACACCCAGAGAGGAGGAAGCAGGAGGGAGAUACCCAUCGGCACACAGGCAGGGUGAUUUCAGCACCCCCACCCCAACUGGCCCCAGAGGCGGUGGCAGUGGCCCACGCUGCACCAGCAUGGUCAUGGCCGGGCUGUUCAUCCUCAGCCUGGGAGGCUCCAUCCUGCUCCCAGCAUUGGCCCCAGCAGGCACCCAGGGGAGCCGGAUCAUCGGAGGAAGGGUGGUGGCCCCUCACUCCCGGCCCUUCAUCGCCUCCAUCCAGGUGGACAGGCAGCACGCCUGUGGGGGCUUCCUGGUGUGGCCCAAGUGGGUGAUGACGGCAGCCCACUGCCUGGUUCCCAGGCGCGACCCCUCUGUGCGCGUGGUGCUGGGCGCCCACCGGCUGCAGGAGCCCGAGAAAUCCCAGCAGGUCUUCAGCAUCGUGGACUCCAUCGCCCACCCAUACUACAACCCCAGCUCGGUGGACAAUGAUAUCCGCCUGCUCCUGCUGAACAGGUCGGCCACGCUGAACAAGUAUGUGAAGCGGAUCCGCCUGCCCUCGCCACACGUUGACCUGAAGCCCGGUACCGUCUGCUACGUGAUGGGCUGGGGGGACAUCUCCAACUACGGCGACCAGCCCACCGAGCUGAUGGAGACCGGCACCACCAUCGUCAAGCGGAGCCUCUGCCGAACGCUGUGGCACGGCAAGGUCUCGCACAACAUGCUGUGCGGGGCCAGCCGCAACGCCACGCUGCAGGGCGUCUGCACGGGUGACUCUGGGGGACCCCUGAUCUUCAGGAAGAAGGUUUACGGCAUCGUCUCAUUCUCUGGGAACAGAUGUGGGGACCGUCGGUACCCUGACAUCUACACCAAGAUCUCCAACUACAUCGACUGGGUGCAUGACAUUGUGCAAGGGCAUCGCCAUCGGAAGGGGCAGCUGAAGCCCUAGCCAGGGUUGAGGAGGGGUCCUGGGGGGACAUGGGCUGUGGGGAGAGGGCCCCAGGUGUCUUGGCCCUCAGGGCCAAGAGUCCCAGGUCCUCUCAGCUCCAGGGGCUUUGGGAGCUGAUGCUCGGGGGACCCAGGCCAGGGCAGGAGACCACCUCUGCCUAUGGGUGAGGGGAGGCACGUGCCCCCAGGCUGUACGAGAAGCUCCAGCACCUCACUUGGCCUCUUGCAGCGGCAAUAUUUUCCUUCCUCAAUAGAACCUCGGUCCCAGA